AUGAAGAGACAACUGGAAGAGUCCGACAGGGCCGUAAAGAGAGAGAAGAAGGAAAAGAAGGAAAAGAAGGAGAAGAGUGAAAAGAAAGAAAAGAAAGAUAAGAGCCACAAAAAGGACAAAAAGGAUAAGAAGGACAAGAGCCACAAAAAGGACAAAAAAGACAAGAAGCAUAAGCAAGAAAACGCUGAAGAAGCAUCUGUAUCCAUUGGUAGUAUCCCUAUCACGGCACCAUCAGCCAAAGCUGAUGUUGACAAGUUCCUUGAAGAAAACCAGGUUCAUAUCGAGAGCUCUUCGUCUUCUAUUACCCCUGUUUUGUCGUUUGACCAAAUGGACUUACAUCCCGAAUUGAGCAAAUUGAAACAAUUCCCCAAACCUACCCCAAUCCAGUCGGUUUCAUGGCCAUAUUUGUUCAACCACCACGAUGUUAUCGGGGUGGCUGAAACUGGGUCCGGAAAGACGUUGGCGUUUGGUGUGCCCAGUUUACAGAAGCUUUUGUUGGAGCCCACUUCCGAUUUAAAGGUUUUAUGUGUGUCGCCCACCAGAGAAUUGGCUAUGCAAAUUUAUGAUAGCUUGGUCAAGUUGACCAAGAAGGUCAAGAUCUCAUGUAUUUACGGGGGAGUCUCAAAACAAGACCAGAUAGACAACUUGCACAACACCAACAUCAUUAUUGCGACUCCAGGAAGAUUAUUGGACUUGAUUAACGACAACUAUAUCAAUUUGUCCACUGUCAACUACCUUGUUUUGGACGAAGCCGACAGAAUGUUGGACCAAGGAUUCGAAAAGGAUAUUAAGACCAUCAUCUCGACCUUGCCUUCUGAAAGACAAACAUUAAUGUUCACUGCCACUUGGCCUGUAGAAGUGCAGAAUUUGGCAUCAAGUUUCUUGAAAAACCCGGUAAAAAUCACCUUGGGAAACAUCAGCAACGAGUUGAAUGCUAAUAAAAGAAUCACCCAGAUCGUUGAAGUAAUUAACCCUUAUGACAAGGAAAGAAAGUUACUGGAUUUGUUGAGAAAGUACUCAAGAGACCAUGACAAGAUCUUGAUUUUCGCCUUAUACAAGAAGGAAGCUGCCAGAGUCGAGAACCAGUUGAAACGAAGCUAUAGAAUAAGUGCCAUCCACGGAGACUUGAACCAAUCUCAAAGAACCCAGGCUUUACAAGACUUUAAGACUGGUAAGUCGCAGAUUCUUUUGGCUACAGAUGUGGCUGCUCGUGGAUUGGAUAUCCCCAACGUGACUUUGGUGAUAAACUUGACGUUCCCAUUGACGAUUGAAGAUUAUGUUCAUAGAAUUGGAAGAACCGGAAGAGCAGGAAAAACCGGUAUUUCUCAUACUUUGUUCACCGAGCACGAGAAGCAUUUGAGUGGUGCCUUGUGUAAUAUUUUGAGAGGUGCUGACCAGGAAGUCCCUGAAGAUUUGUUGAAGUUUGGGGGACACACAAAGAAAAAGGCCCAUUCUGCUUAUGGGGCUUUCUUUAAGGAUGUGGACUUGACGAAGCAGGCCAAGAAGAUUAAGUUUGAUUAG